AAUAGCAACAACAACAACAACAACAAAAAGACAAAAGACAAAAAAAAAAAGAAAAAAGAAAGAAAGAAAAGCAAUUCCCCCGCCCCACUCAGCAACCUCUGUUGAGAUCCUUGUGCAAAGCAUCAUGCAGCUCCAUCCCAUCCAUCCUCUGGGGGUCACAUCACAUGGGAUGACCUGGGCCAAAGCUCUUAAGGAGGUAAACAAGCUUACCGGGGCAGGAAGGAGCAGGUCUUUCACUGGGGCUGAUAGUAUAGGAAAAUGUGGACAGUGAGAGUAGAAAUGACCUUCUAAGCUGAGAGAACAACUGAUGCUCAGAUGUGGGUAGAGAAGCUCUGGUCCCAACCAGGUGAGUCUUGGAGUUGUGCUGUGCGAAGGCACCCUGGGUGGGGUGUAAGCUGACCUGCAGGCAGGGUGAUGAGUUGGGGAUGGUGAUGAGGAUCCUCAGGGGCCUUGGGAGUAACCAGAUGGGAGGGUGCCCUGUGGCGUACUCACUGGGGGCACAGCAGCGGCAGCCAUUGGUGCCUGACUGGACCCAGGGCUGCAGGCGAGGAAGAAGCUCAGGUUCAUCCCAAGUGGCCGGGAAGCCAGUCAGUGACAAGAGGAACCUCAUAGGGAGAGGACAAUAGGGGCAGAAGUUUCUCAGAUGCAGGGCAGUGGCCCCCUCGCAAGAGUAGCAAGUUCCUCCCUCCCAGCCAUGGGGUGACGCGGUUCUAGUGUGAUGGGUCCUGCCCAGCUAUCGAGAGCAGGCUCUGCCACUGCCCCUCUCCCAGGCCUGGGCUGGCAGGGACACCUCCCUGAGGAGUGAUUCUGGGGCUGCUGUGUGGAUGAGCCCACGGACACAAACCCCAGUCCAGUGACUGUAAUCAGGCUAUCCUGUGAAACCUCAUGAGUUAGAACUCACUCUCCCUCUGGCAUGUGGUCCAAGAUUGCAGGGAGGGAGGAAGAGAAGCCUGUCGGCUACCGUCCCACCCCGUCCACUCAGCCUCUGGCCCAGCCAGUGCCGAGGGAGCACAGGUGUUUUUACCUUGCUGGUGCCCCAAAGAGUGAACUUUAAGGCUCCAGGUGAGAGGAAGCAACUGUGCUCGGUUGAGAACAUUUCCAUCAGGGCCUGGGAAGCCCAGCCCUGGUCCCAUGAUUCCCUGGGUCUGUGGUGCAUCCCCCAGAAGAGGAUGCGAGGGCCGAGGUGCAGAGAGCUCACUCCCCUCCCCGCCCCUGCGGAUGCUCAUAGACAGGUCCUGUGGGGGUGCAGAAGGGCAUCCCCAGCAUGGGAAGUGGGUGCAGAAACUCUGACCAGAGAGCUCUGCCCUGCUGCACCUUGUACCCAGGUGGCAGCUCCCCCACGAUGCUCCCACCAGGAGCCCACUGGAGGCCAUCCCAUGAGCCUCUGCAUCUGGGGGGCAGGACCGCCACCUGACACUGGGGGCAUCUGCAGAGGAGGGACAAUGAAAGAGGAGACCCUGGAGCAUGGAUCCGGAGCAUUCUUGAGCCGCCCCCUCCCAGUCCGCCACGCCCUGCGGCAGGUGGGAGGACAAUGCCGGCUGUGUGCCGUCACUCUGGUCCGCUGGCUCAAGAGGAGGGCCAUGGCGCAGCCCCAGUUCCAGCCUCGGCCUCUCCUGGUGUCUCUCCCUCCGCGCCCAGCCCCUGCUGUCUGCCGUCUCCAUCCUCCAGUGGGCUCUCCUCCCAGGGCAGGGCCUGCCCAUCACCAAGGCCCGCCACCCACCAUGGACUCUGCGUAUGAGAUGGGCCACGUCCGCAAGCUGCAGGCUCGGCACAUGCAAAUGCAGGAGAAGACUUUCACCAAGUGGAUCAACAAUAUCUUCCAGCACGGCCGGGUGGGCAUCAAGAUCCAGAACUUGUACACAGAGCUGGCCGAUGGCACACACCUACUGCGGCUGCUGGAGCUCAUCUCGGGGGAGGCCCUACCACCCCCCAACCGGGGCCGCAUGCGUGUACACUUCCUGGAGAACAGCAGCAGAGCUCUGGCUUUCCUCAGGGCCAAGGUGCCAAUACCCCUCAUUGGGCCAGAGAACAUCGUGGAUGGAGACCAGACACUCAUCCUGGGACUCAUCUGGGUCAUCAUUCUGCGUUUCCAGAUUUCCCACAUCUCCCUGGACGGGGAGGAGUUUGGGGUCAGUGCAGCCCUGCUGUCUGCCAAGGAAGCUCUACUGGUCUGGUGCCAGCGGAAGACGGCCGCCUAUGCCAACGUCAACAUCACUGACUUCUCCCGCAGCUGGAGUGACGGGCUUGGCUUCAGUGCCCUCAUCCAUGCCCACAGGCCAGACCUGCUUGAUUAUGGCUCCCUGCGUCCCGACCGCCCACUGCACAACCUCCGCUGUGCCUUCCAUGUGGCUGAGCAGGAGCUGGGCAUUGCUCAGCUGCUGGACCCCGAGGACGUGGCAGUCCUCCAGCCCGAUGAGCGCUCCAUCAUGACUUACGUCUCCCUCUGCUACCACCACUUCUCCCGCCUGCACCAGGGGCAGACUGUCCAGAGGAGGCUUGCAAAGAUCCUGCUUCAGCUCCAGGAGACAGAGGCGCUGCAGACCCAGUACGAGCAGCUGGUGGCCGACCUGCUGGGCUGGAUCGCAGAGAAGCGGGUGCAGUUAGACGCGCGGGAUUUCCCAGACUCCCUGCCAGCCAUGCGCCAGCUACUGGUGGCCUUUGCCUCCUUCCGCAUCCAGGAGAAGCCACCUUGGCUGCAGCAGCGAGGGGCCACAGAGGCCCUGCUCUUCCGGCUGCAGACGGCACUCCGAGCCCAGAACCGCAGACCCUUCCUGCCUCACGAGGGCCUGGGCCCCUCAGAGCUGUCCCAGCGCUGGGCAGGCCUGGAGCGGGCAGAGGCCUCACGGAGCCAGGCCCUACAGCAGAGGCUGCUGCAACUAGAGCGGUUGGAAACCCUGGCCCGGCGCUUCCAGCGUAAGGCGGCCCUCCGGGAGAGCUUUCUGACAGACGUGGAGCGAGUGCUAGACCGGGCUGCAGCCUCACCAGCCAGCCCAGCCACAGUGGAAGCAGCUACCCAGAGGCUGGGCAUGUUGGAGGCCAGCAUCCUACCCCAGGAGGGGCGCUUCCAGACCCUGGCUGAGAUCGCAGACAUCCUCCAGCAGGAGCACUACCACGGCUGGGUGGACGUGGCCUGCAGGCAGGAGGAGAUCACCUGCCGCUGGGAGCAGCUCCUUCAGCGUCUCCAAGGGCAGAGGGAGCAGAUAGCAGACCUGCAGGCUGUGCUGAGUCUGCUGCAGGAGGUGGAGACUGCCUCCCACCAGCUCAACGAGCUACAGGUGCUGGCCAGCUCCACAGCCUGUGGGCAGCAACUGGCAGAGGUAGUGGAGCUGCUGCAGAAGCAUGACCUGCUGGAGGCCCAGAUCACAGCCCAUGGAGCCCAUGUGAGCCAUCUUGCCCACCAGGCGACACAGCUGGACUCUUCACCAAACACUAGUGUGGAAGUGCUACAGGCCAAGGCCAAGGCGCUGAUCCAGCUCCACCAGAGCCUGGUGUCUCUUGCCAGGUCCCGGCGGGCCUUGUUGGAGCAGACCCUGCACCAGGCAGAGCUCCUGCACAGCUGUGAGGAGGAGGAAGCCUGGUUGAGGGAGCGCAGGCAGCUGGUGGAGAAUGAAGCCCCAGGCCAGGAUCUCAGCCAGAUCUCUGCGGCCCUGCAGAAACACAAGGUCCUAGAAGCUGAGCUCCGCCACCACCAGGCAGUGUGCACUGAUCUCGUGCGGAGGGGACGCAAUCUGGGCCCAGUGCACGGGCCCCCGACAUGGCCUGAUCCCCAGGAACGGGCUGAGGCAGUGCGGGAUGCAUGGCAGCGGCUCUGGGCCCACAUGAUGGGGCGGGGUGCGCAGCUGCAGGCGGCUCUGUUUGUCCAGCAGUACUUUGCUGAUGUGGCGGAGGCGGCCUCAUGGCUCAGGGAGCAGCGGUCGGCGCUGGAGAGCGCGUCCUUGGGGGAGGACCAGGUGGCCGCCGAGGCCUUGCUGCUGCGCCAUCUGCGGCUGGAACAUGCCGUGCGCGCCUUUGGAGCUGAGCUGCAGCAACUGGACGAACAGGCGCGGGCAGCCACGGCCCGGGCAUCUCUCUUGAAGGAGCCCACAGAAGACUGGAGCAGAAUUGAUGGGGAUGUGACUGGGAGUCCCCAAGAUGGGACCCAAAAUUUAGCACUGUCGGGCAGCCAGCACCCGUGCCCUCAGGUCCAGAUGAGCUUCGUCUACAGAGGGACACACUUCGCCCCACUCCCGGGAGAGGCUGGGCAGUGCCUACUCUACACGCACCCUAACACCUGGGAGCUGAAGGACUGGGAGGGCCGCCGGGCCAUGGUGCCCAUUAGCCAUGUCAUGGAACAGGCACCUCAGGUGGCGUCUGCCCUGAGGGAAGGUCCAAGAAACCCAAGGGCCUGGCAUGAGGUUUCCUGCUACUCUGACCCCCAGGGUACCCAGAAGAUAGCACUCCCAGAUGAGCCUGACCCUGACUUUGACCCCAACACCAUCCUGCAGACCCAGGACCGCUUGAGCCAGGACUAUGAGGCCCUGCGGGCCCUGGCAGAGCACCGCAGGACCCAGUUGGAGGAGGCAGUGGCCCUGUUCAGCUUCUAUGGCUUGUGUAGGGAGCUGCAGUCCUGGCUGGCAGACCAGACAGCGCUGUUCCAAACACUGCAGCCCCAGGCUGACAACUUGGAGGUCAUGCAGCUCAAGUAUGAGAACUUCCUCACUGCCCUGGCUGUGGGAAGAGGCCUCUGGGCAGAGGUUAGCAGCUCCGCCGAGCAGCUGAAGCAGAGAUGUCCGGGACUCUCCCCCAAGAUCCAGCGACAGCAGGAGGAACUGAGCCAGAAGUGGGAGCAGCUGGAGGCCCUGAAGAAAGAGAAGGAAACGCGGCUGGCGAGCACCACACACAUGUGCAGUUUCCUGCAGGAGUGUGGGUCCGCACGGGUCCAGAUGCAGGACAUGGUACUCCAGCUAGAAGCCCUGGAGCUGGGACACUUAGAGGACAGCCACCACAUCCUGCAAGUGGCCCAGCAGAAGAUGCCAGCGCUGGAGAGAAGUGUUCACUAUCUUCAAAGGGCAGCCAGCAAAGUGGAAGAGCUGGGUCCCGCAGAGAGCCAGUUCCUUCAGGGAGAGGUGGCGAUGCUGCAGGGGCUGCUGGAGCAAGUGCAGCAGCAAGUGGCCCAACAGGCCCAGGCUCAGGCCAAGGUGAGGACCCGCCAGCACUUCCUGCAGGAGAGCAGGCGGCUGCUGCUGUGGGCAGAUGGUGUCCGGGCUCGGCUGAACAGCAAGGAGGAGGCGGUGAAUGUGGCCUCAGCCCAGCGGCUGCUGGGGGAGCACCAAGACCUGCUGAAGGAGAUCCAGCUGCAACAGGAGAGGCUGCAGCAGCUGGCGGCUCAGGGCCUGCCCAUGGCAGCCUUGGACUCCCCAGACUCCAGAGAGGUGGCCAGUGCUCUGAGGCUCCUGGACCAGCAAGGCCAGGAGUUAAAAGCCGCCUGGGAGCAAAGGCAGCAGCAGCUGCAGGAGGGGCUGGAGCUACAGAAGUUUGGUCGAGAAGUGGGUGGUUUCACUGCCAUCUGUGCCAGCCACGAGUCUUUCCUACAACUGGACAGCCUUGGGGAGGACCUAAGGGAGGCCCAGAGUCUGUUGCAGCGGCACCAGGAGUUUGGGCAGUUCCUGAAUGCUCUUGGCCAUCAGGCAGAGGAUUUACAGGCACGUGGCGAGAAGCUGGCUCAGAGUCAACCCCCCGCUGCACACAAGGUCAGAGAGCUGCUGCAGAGCAUCCAGGCCCAAUGGACCAGAGUCCAGGAGAGGAGUGAGCAGAGAAGGAGGCGGCUGCUGGCCUCCCUCCAGCUCCAGGAGUGGAAGCAGGAUGUAGCAGGGGUAAUGCUGUGGAUGGAGGAGAAGAGGCUGAUGGUGGCAGAUGAGCCAUCCCAAGAGCCAGGCAACAUCCUGAGGGAAUUCAGGCGGCACAAAGCAGCUGAGCGCGAGCUGCUGGCCACACAGGGGCAUGUGGAGGGCCUGCAGCAGGUUGGAAGAGAGCUGCUGAGGAGCAGGCCCCAUGCCCAGGAGGACGUGCAGGCCAUGCUUCGGGGUCUGAGUAGCAAGUGGGAAGGGUUGAACCGCAGGAUGGCAGAGCGUGGGAAGCAGCUCCAGCAGGCUCGGUGGCAGGACCAGCUCCUGGGGCUGCUGCAGGACAUCAAGAGGAAGAUGGAGCAGCUAGAGGGGGCCCUGCAGAGUGCAGAAAUGGGGCAGGACCUGGGCUCAAGCCGGGGGCUGCAGAAACAGCACCGCCAGCUGGAGGCCGAGAGCCAGGCACUGGCCAGCAAGUUGGCUGCCCUGGUCUCUCAGGCCCACCAGGUGGUCAGCUCCCAGACCAUCGCAGAGCAGAUCCAGAAGCAUCUCCAGAGGUUGGGGUCCCUGCAGGGACGGCUGGCCACCCGGCGACUGCAGCUGCAGGCCUCAGUCGAGCUGUACCAGUUCCACCACCUGAGCAACGUGGAGCUCACGUGGGUGGCAGAACACAUGCCCUCAGCGAGCUCCUGCUCCCCCAAGUCCUUGCAUGGUGCCCACAGCCUUCUCCGCAAGCACAAGGAACUCCAGGCAGAGGUGAAAGCCCACCGGGGACAGAUGCAACGGGUGCUGGGUUCCGGGUGGAAUCUCGCAGCCUCCAGGCACCCCGAGGCCCAGCACAUCACGGAGCAGUGCCAGAAGCUGGAAGGCCGCUGGGCAGAGCUGGAGCAGGCGUGUGAGGCACGGGCCCAGGGCCUGCAGCAGGCUGCCACUCUCCAGCAGUAUUUUCUGGAUGCAUCAGUGCUGGAGGACUGGGUGGAGGAGAAGUGGCAGCUCAUGAGCAGUCAGGACUAUGGCAGGGAUGAGGCAGCCACCAUCAGGCUCAUUAAGAAGCACCAGGCCCUUCAACAGGAGCUGGCCUGUUACUGGAGCUCCAUGCAGGAGCUUGACCAGAGGACUCAAACCCUCACUGGCCCUGAGGGCCCUGCACAGCUGGGAAGGGUGCAGGAGAGGCUCCGGGAGCGGCUGCAGGCCCUGCAGGAGUUGGCAGCCACACGCAACCGGGAGCUGGAGGGGACCCUGAAGCUGCAUGAGUUCAUGAGGGAGGCUGAGGCCCUGCAGGGCUGGCUGAGCAGCCAGAAGGAGGAGGCCAGAGGAGGAGAGAGCCUUGGGGAGGACUAUGAGCACGUCCUGAGUGUCCGCACCAAGUUUGCAAGGUUUCAGCACCAAGUGGAGAGGGGUGGCCAACAGGUGGCCACCUGCCAGCAGCUGGCAGAGAGCCUGCUGGAGCAUGGACACAGCGCUGCCCCCAAGGCCCGUCAGAGGCAGCAGGAUCUGCAGGCCGCCUGGUCGGAGCUGUGGGAGCUGACCCAGGCCCGAAGCCGCCUGCUCCAAGAUGCUGAGGUCACUCUGAAAGUUCACAGAGAUCUGUCGGAGGCCCUCAUCCAGGUCCAGGAGAAAGCCUCAAGUCUCCCCUGUGACGUGGCCCAGGACCUGCGUGGGCUGGAGGCCCAGCUAAGGAGACAAGAGGGACUGGAACGGGAACUUGUGGGCACUGAGCGGCAGCUGCGGGAGCUGCUGGAGACUGGAGGCACCAUGCAGAAGCUGGGGCCCAGGCCUCAGGCUCUGGCAGUGCAGCAGAGGCAGCAGGCUCUGGAGCAGGCCUGGGAGGCCCUGAAGCUGCACGUAGAGCAGCGCCGGACCCACCUGGAACAGGCACAGCUCCUGGCCCACUUCCACACAGCGGUGUGGGACUACACCUCCUGGGUAGCCAGUGUGUGGCCAGAACUGCAGGAUGGGGAGAGCUCCCAGGAACCCCACAACAGUCUGCUAAAGCUCAGCGCCCACCAACAGCUUCAGGCAGAGCUGCAGGCCCGGGAGGAGCUGCACCAGCAUGCCACCCAGCUGGGCCAGCAGGUGCUUCUGGCUUCAGGGACAUCUGUCAAAGAGGUCCAGGAAGAGCUGCGAGCCCUGCAGGACAGGCGGGAGCAGGUGUUCCAGGCCUGGGAGCAGAAGCAGGAGAGGCUGCUGGCCGUGCACCGGGAGCAGCUCUUCCUCAGAAAGUGUGGCCGCCUGGACAAGAUGCUCACAGCCUGGGAGGUCUUCCUGAAAACCAGCACCCUGGGGAGCUCUGUGGAAGAGGUGGAGCUGUUGAUCCGCAAGCAUGAGACCUUCCAGAAAGUGCUGACUUCCCAGGAUGAGAAGGUGGCAGCCCUGUGUGAGCAGGCGAAGAUGUUCACGGGUCCCAGGGCACAGGGCCUGCUCCACGUGGUGCUGGAGCGCCGGGCGCGGGUAAAGGAGCUGGCGGAGGACUGGGGAUGCGCCCUGCACACCUCCCUGCUGAUAACUGCCUUCACCAGGGCCGCCAUCCAGGUCGAGGACUGGAUCCAGGAGCGACUCCAGCAGCUGAAAGAGCCAGUUCCUCCUGGGGACCUGAAAGAUAAGUUGAGGCACCUGCAGAAACACCAGGCCUUUGAGGCAGAGGUCCAGGCCCAUGAGGAGGUCAUAAUCUCUGUUGCCAAGGAGGGGGAGGCUCUCCUGGCACAGAGCCACCCUCGGGUGGGAGAGGUCUCCCAGAGGCUGCAGGCACUGCAGGAGCACUGGGAGAAGCUGAGGCAGGCAGUGGCCCUCCGCAGCCAGGACCUGGUGGACAGGCGGAACUUCUUGGAGUUCCUGCAAAGAGUAGACAUUGCAGAGGCCUGGAUCCAGGAGAUGGAGGUGAUGGUGAACAUCAGUGACCUGGGCCACGACCUUGAGCACUGCCUGCAGCUCCGUAGGCAGCUCCGCCAGCUCCCAGGAGUCUGGGCCGGGGACACUGUGGAUGACGCCCACAUCAGGAGCAUCAGUGACUUGCCAGUGAAGCUCAAGAAUCGGGACUCUGAGCAGGUCGAGACCAUCUGCCAGCGGCAACAUCAGCUCAACAACAGGUGGAACCGUUUCCAUGGCAGCUUGCUCCGGUAUCAGCAGCAGCUUGAAGGGGCUCUGGAGAGACACACGUUGUCCCAAAAGCUGGAUGACAUCAUUGAGCGGAUUGGGGAAAAAGCUGCCCUGCUCCAGGCCCUGAACUGCAGGCAAGAUCCGGAGAGCCUGCAGAGGCUGAUGUGGAAACACAAGGCAUUGGAGCAGGAAAUAGGCCUCAUCCAGGCCCAGGUGGAGCUUCUAGAGUGUGAGGUGAGCCGCUUCUGCCAGAGGAGCCCUGAGGCAGCCUCCAGCCUCACCUGCAAGCAGCAGGAGAUGAUGGAUAGCUGGUGGCAGCUCCGGAGUGGGGCUCAGAAGUGGAAGGAGUCGCUCGAUGCCUUGCACCAAGCUCAGAAGCUGCAGGCUGUGCUGCAGGAAUUGCUGGCCUGGGCCCGGAGCCUGCGAGCUGAGAUGAAUGUGAGGAGCACCCCUGGCAGCCUGGAAGAGGUCCGGCUCAGGCUGGAGGAACACCAGGAGAGCAAGGCCGAGCUGGACUCCCACAAAGACAGCAUCAGCCUGGCCCGAAGCACUGGGCAGCGACUGCUUGCCACUGGGCACCCAUCCACCCCCGACAUCCGCCAGGCCCUAGCUGGUUUAGACCAGGAGUUGAACAGCCUGGAACGGGCCUGGCAUGAACACCAGCUCCAGCUGCAUCAGGCCUUGGAGCUACAGCUGGUUCUGAGCUCUGUGGAACACAUGGAAAGUUGGCUCUGCAGCCAGGAAGCCUGCGCAGCCAGUGAGGGUCUUGGGGAUUCCUUGGCCGAUGUGGAGACCCUGCUGUGGAAGCACAAGGUGCAUGAGCAGGACCUGGAGGCACAGACGGAGAAGAUCACCUCCCUGGAGGCCACCGCCCGCAGGCUGCACCAGGGUGGACACCCCAAGGCCCAAGGUGCCCUGGACCGGUGCCAGGCCAUGCUCCUGAGGAAAGCGGCGCUCCUGGAGCGAGCCAGGACCCGUCGCCACCAGCUGGAGGAGCUCAGGCAACUGCGGGCCUUCCUACAGGAUUCCUAUGAGGUGGCCUCAUGGCUGAGGGAGAAGAGCCUGAUGGUCCUGGAAGAGGGAUGGCAGGAUCCAGUGGAGCUGCAGGCACAGUUGAGGAAGCAGCAUAACCUCCAGGCUGAGCUGGACACGAGUGUGCACCACCAACAAAGGCUACAGACGGAGGGGCAGAGGCUGCUCCGGGAGGGCCACCCAGCCUCAGAAACAAUCCAGGAGCGGCUGCAGGAGCUGAGUAAGCUCUGGGAGGAGCUGCAGGCCAACUGCCAGAGGAAGGCAGCCAAUCUACAGGAGGCCAGCGAGGCCCUACGUCUUCGGCGGAGCAUGGAGGAACUGGACAGCUGGCUGGGGCCCGUGGAGGUCAGGCUGAGAGCCCCGAUCGGGAGCGCAGACCAGCUUGGGCUGGACGAGCUCCUGGGAUCUCAGGGAGAGCUGGAGGCAGCGGUGGACAGGCAGGCCAGGCGGGCACAGACCCUGCUGGGCCAGGCCCAGGCCUCUGUGCGGGAAGGCCCCUGCCUCGCCCAAGCCAUGGAAGAGCAGGCCCAGCGGCUGCUUCAAAGGUUCGACAGCCUGUGGGAGCCCCUGCGGGAGCGCAGAAUGGCCCUGGAGGCCCGGAGUCUCCUCCUGCAGUUCCUCAGGGAUGCGGACGAGGAGAUGGCCUGGGUGCAGGAGAAGCUGCCCCUGGUGGCCUCCCGGGACUGCAGCCAGAGCCUAAGCGCCUUGCGGCACCUGCAGGAGAAACACCAGAACCUGGAGAGUGAGAUGAGCAUCCAUGAGGCUCUGACCCGGGCAGUGGUGGGCACGGGGCGCAAGCUGGUGCAGGCUGGACAUUUUGCUGCCGGGGAUGUGGCUGCCCGGGUGCAGCAGCUGGAGGAUGCUAUGGGCCGCCUGCAAGCAGAGGCUUCACAGAGGCGGCGGUGGCUGCAGCAGGCUCAGGAGGCCCAGCAGUUCCUGACAGAGCUCCUGGAGGCAGAAUCCUGGCUGGAAGAACGGGGCUGUGUUCUGAACACUGAGGAUGUGGGCCAGAGUGCCGAAGCCACAUGGGCCUUCCUGCGGCAGCUGGAGGCCACCAGGAGAGACCUGAAUGGAUUCAGCGUGCGCAUUGAGAGGCUACAGCAGACAGCAGUCCUCCUUGAGAGCAGGCGGAACCCAGAAAGCCCCAAGGUGCUGGCCCAGAUGCAUUCAGUGAGGAAGACCCACUCUGGGCUGCUCCAGAGAGCAGAGAGCAGGGGGCAAGGCCUGAGGGAGCAGAUGCAGCUGCACCAACUGGAGCGGGAAGUCCUGCUCCUGGACACCUGGCUGGCCAGCAGGGUGGCCACUGCUGAGUCACAGGACUAUGGGCAGGACCUGGAGGCUGUCAAGGUGCUGGAAGAGAAGUUCGAUGCUUUCAGAAAGGAAGUCCACAGCCUGGGGCAGGCCAAGGUGCAGGCCCUGCGGGAGCGGGCAGCCUCCCUGGAACGGGCAGCCCCCAGGUUCUCUCCCCAGAUCCAACCACAGAGGAGUCGCAUUGAGGCCGCUUGGGAGAGGCUGGAUGGAGCAGUGAAAGUCCGCACACAGAACCUGACUGCAGCUCGUGAGGUGCGCGGCUUUGAGCAGGUGGCAGCCGAGCUCCAGGGCUGGAUGCAGGAGAAAGCCGCCCUGCUGGCAAGAGAUGCCUAUGGCUGCAGCCUGUCAUCAGUACAGACCCUGCAGCAACGGCACAGAUGCCUGGAGAGGGAACUGGCAGCCAUGGAGAAAGAGAUGGCACAUGUGCAGACGGAGGCCUGCCGGCUGGGCCAGUUAUACCCUGUGUCUCAGGAGGGCCUGGCCAAGCAGCUGGCUGAGGUGCAGGAGGCCUGGGCCACCCUGAAUGUGAAGGUGCAGGAGCGGGCUCAGCAGCUGGAACAGGCUGCCCAGGGCCAUGCCUUCCUUGGCCGUUGUCAGAACCUACUAGCAUGGGCUCAGGAGAAGCAGGUGCUGGUCUGCUCAGAGGAGCUGGCUGGGGAUGUGCCUGGGGCUGAGCGGCUCCUGGAGCAGCACGAGGCACUGGGGCAAGAAAUCAAGGAUCACUGCCUUCAAGCCCAGAAUGCACAGCAGGAAGGGCAGCAGCUUGUGAACAACAGCCACUUCAUGUCCCUGGAAGUGACAGAGUGUCUGCAGGAGCUGGAAGUGCGGCUGCAGGCACUCAAAGAGGCCUGGGCCCUGCGCCAGGAACACUGUGAGGAGAGCUGGUGUCUGCAGAAGCUGCGUCAGGGGCUGGACCAAGCUGAGGCCUGGCUGGCCUCCCGGGAGGGCCUCCUGCUGGACCCCAACUGUGGGCACUCAGUAUCAGAUGUGGAGCUGCUGCUCCGCAGACACCAGGACUUAGAAAAGCUGCUGGCUGUCCAGGAAGAGAAGUUCACCCAACUGCAGAGGAAGGCAGGGGUGAGCGGAGGCUGGGGGCGCACUGGGCCUGGGGUGAGAGGGGCAUCCCCUGAGCUGGAGCAGGAAGAGAUGAAGAACAGUGAGGAGACAGAUGUGGGACCUGCAACAGGUGUCUCCAUGGGGCCACCAUGUGUGAUUUUUGCCACCACUGUCUCCGCAGGGGGCGGGGUCAUUGGGGAUGAGGUUACAUGUCUCCCCCCUCCACCUUCCAGACAGAACCUGUCCUCUGUGCUGGUCAUGACAUUCCCCAGCCCCAUCUUGCAUUUUCAGGAUGCAAAGGGUGCACCUACCAUGGGAGGAAUUUUGGAACCUAAGCAGCAGCUCCUGCCUGGGGGGAGGCAGGACACGGCUCCCACAGCCAUCCUUGGCCUCAUGGAAAUGCAGGAUAAAAGACCAAGGGGUCACCAUGAUGGAAAACACACUUUCUCCUUAAGGCGGUCUGGGGUAGAGCCCCUGUUUGCAGCACCACCUGAAGGACAGACUGAGAGCUGGCAUGGCGCCCUGAGCAGUGUGGCAGUUCUGGAAGCUGAGAAGUCCAUGAUCAAGGUGCCGGCAGGCUGGCCAUCUGCUUCCAGUCUGAGCCCAGAGCUCCGAGCCAGACCCCUGGGCUUCCUGGCUGAGUACUCAGUCGAGAGGGUGCCUGGCAUGGCUGCUCCGCUCAGAUUCCACGGCUGUCCCCUGCCCUUCCCAUUGAAGGGGAUGCAAACGUGCACCGGCCCCCAGCAGCCUGUGGAGCUCCUGCAGACGGCUGGCCCUGCCAAGGAAACUGCACAAGGCUCCCGGCGGCUGUCCUGCCCAGGCCAGAGCCACGGUCUGGGCCCUGAAGCAGACCCUGAGGUGGCGUCGAACCUCAGGGCUACAUGCGAGGACACCCGAGAGGGGACCAUGAGACUGAGCUCCCAGGCCCCUGAGGACCAACUUCUGGAAUAGACGGUUCCGUGUUAGGAGAGGGGCCCUGCCAACAUUACAGCCUGCUGAAGUCACACCCUUAACACCUGGUCCCAGGUCCUGCCACCCCUACCAUGGGACAGGAAGCAGCCCUUCGAGUCCUGGGUGAGGAGGAUGGGGGUGCUGGCUGGUUUGCCUGUGAGUCACCUGAGCAGGGCCAGGGCUGCAGCAGCAAGACCUCCAGGCCCAAGUGGCCUCUCUGCUUGCAGAGCUUGGGCUGGAGUGGAGCAGACAGGGCCAGGAGCUCACAGCCAGCUCUUCGGGGGCAGCCCAGGCUGACUCGCCAGCUUUGUUAAGGUGCCUGGGAGAUAUUUUGUUUUCUAAACCAGUCUUGCCCUGUGUAACUAAGACGGUGGAAUGACAGGUCCCCUCUUGGCAGCAAUGACAGAAAUCUCCAUAACGCGUCACAUUUGUAUGAGCCCCUGUAAUACAUAAAGUACUCUAUCUCA